UGCGUUUUAACCCCGAUCGACUGGUGCAACUCUACUUCACGUGCAAGAUGGCGGCGCCCAUGACAAUUAGAACACUUCGUAUUUUUCGGCAGGUUUCACGGGUAUCUUUUGCUGCACAUCUUAGGCGAUCAAAUGUGUAUAAGCCACAGGUCAGACUGAUUUCAUCAAGGGUUACCACCCAAUCAACACUGAGUGCACCUCUAGAUGGUAUCGUUGAGCAAGAGGACAACCCAACAACAAAAGCAACAUCAGAAACAUCAGAAACAUCAGCAACAUCACCACAAGAAGCAACGGACGCGGAGGCACCCAAGACCAUACCUAUCAGCCAUGAGAGAGCUCACCAAACGACGCUGUUACUUCAGCAGCCUGACCAGCCGCCUGAUGCUCGCAUCCUGAAGGUCGCCAUCAUAGGAUCCCCCAACGCAGGCAAAUCAACGCUCAUCAACAGGCUCAUGGGUCAAAGGGUCUGUUCUGUUUCAAGCAAGGUCCACACCACGCAGACUAAUGCUCUGGCGGUGCUUACUAUGGACAGCACGCAGAUUGUCUUGUUGGACACACCGGGCAUGGUCAACCACAAACAAGGAAGAAAGCAUCAAUUAGCCCGGUCCUUGUUGGUCGAUCCACAGAACAGCCUACAUGAAGCAGAUGUUGCAUUAGUAUUAGUGGAUGCUUCCAAUACGUGGACUCGCGAGAAGAUCUCCAACGAGAUUCUGAUGAGUCUGAAGCUUCAUCCGAGACUCUCCUCCAUUCUUGUGCUGAAUAAGGUUGAUCUGAUCAAUGCCAAGAGUGAGCUGUUUGAGCUGACGGCCAAGUUGACGGAAGGCUGUGUAGAAGGGCAGCGAUUCACCCUGGAUGACCGGACGGCUCGGUACCUGGGAAAAGUGGACACUCGCCCCAUGCUGUCCCACAAAUACAAACCCAGGAUUAAACCGAGUGAUAAUGAAACUGAUGAUGCCUCGUUAGACGAAACAGACAGGACAGUGGACAGUGGUAUAGUAGACCCAGUUGAGAAAUUUGAUGAUGAUAGAACUUCCAUAAAUGACCACAGGGAAGGCAACAACUUGUCAUCUGAAGAGAUCUCUGAAACUGGAGCAUUGGAUUCUAGACUCACAAACGUUAGUGAAAAAAAGUCAGAAUCAACCCUUGAAACGCCUAACAGUUCUAGUGUCGGCGGUCAGCCAGAACUGCCUCCAACACUGAAGGAAUACAUCGAUACAUUAGAGGGUUUUUCAUCCAAGAGUUUGGACUUUGAUGACGUGCCACAUCCUCAGCUUGAGCCUGCAGAGACUGAUGAUGCCAAGAACAUCGAGAGAGCAAAAUACAGGAAGCUCUUGCAAGAAGUUGGUAAAAGGAGCGGCUGGGACGGAUUUGGAGCCGUGUUUAUGGUUUCUGCUCUAGACGGGGAAGGACUAGAGGAUGUAAAGGAACACUUAGUAAGCAAGGCGGUACCAGGCGACUGGGAGUACCACAGGAGCGUCGUUACAAACCUGUCUCCUGAUGAGGUUGUCAGGGAAGCCAUCAGGGAGAAACUCCUGGAGUAUCUCCCGCAAGAAGUGCCUUAUAACAUCUCACAGAAAAAUGAGCUGUGGGCCACUGAGACCAGUGGAAGAUUGAGGAUUGUUCAGCUGAUAAUCUGCCAAAAGAGGUCACAUGUUAAACUGCUCAAGAAGAACAUCGGUAAGAUAGCUCGGGAAGCAGAGCAGGAGUUGAUGAGUGCCUUCCAAUGCGACGUCUACCUGUCCCUACGCAUCAUGCGCAGAUAGUCAAUACUGGGACUAAACAUUUCAUGGCUUUGCUUUACUUUGCUUACUGUUAAAGCGAAGACUUUUGUGCAAAAACUGCAGGAGAAAAUCAUCCACCAACAGUUCAGUUUUAACAAGGAAGAAUGGCUUGAACAAGUACAUUAUCCUAUGGUUUGACACAUGCACAGGCCAAUAUGCUUGGAAGUGCAGGAAUGCUUUUGUGAGUAUGGAUGUUUCGUCCAUUCUUCAAUUUCAAAAGGCAAAGCCAUCAACUAGUCCAAGUUGGCAGGUGUUGGAUAGCUGCAAAAAGCCUGCAGGCAAAUAGAUCAAUCUGUUUGGCACUGCUGUAGCCUGCUGAUGGCAUCUGAAGUAUAUACAUUGUACAUUGUACAUGUAUAUACUUGCUCCUGGUAAAUUAAAGACACUUGACAUGCUUGAGUGCAGGAUUUGCACUGGGUUUUAGUAAUCACAGAUUUGACCCUAUCAAACUAAACUUUUUUUUAAAACUUGGGACAUGUUUUCGUGGGUGCUACUCUCGACCACCAGAACCGUUUAUGAAUUUACGGGGCCGAGACGAACCUUUUUUUCACGUCGUGGAAGUUAGCUUCAUGCAGCUUGCCAGAA